GAAACCAAACCAAACCAAAACCCAAAACUCUGCGACUUAAUUCUAUUGAGUUUCUCUCCCAAAUUAAAAAAAAUAAAAAAGAAAACGAAAAAUUAAUAAAUGGCGCCCCCAAGGAUUCUGCUAUCUGGAGAUCCCAUUGGCCAUCUAAACCAGCUUUUCAAACGCGUCUCAUCGGUUAAUAAAUCAACUGGUCCUUUUGAUGCCUUGUUAUGCGUGGGCCAAUUUUUUCCUGAAUCUUCACAAGGGUUAGAUGAGUUAACGGAGUACAUUGACGGAAGGAAGAAUAUUCCGUUACCUACUUACUUUAUUGGUGAUUAUGGAGCUGGUGCCGUUAAGGUUUUGUCAGCAGCUGCUAAAGAGACUGGGAAUCAAGGGUUUAAAAUGGAUGGUUUGAAAAUUACAGAUAAUUUAUUUUGGUUGAAAGGCAGUGGCAAAUUCACUCUCCAUGGUUUGUCUGUGGCAUACUUAUCUGGUAGGAAAUCAUCAAGUGGUCAAAUGUAUGGAACAUACAGUCAAGAUGAUAUUGAUGCACUCCGGGCCUUGGCCGAGGAACCUGGAAUCAUUGACAUAUUCCUAACUAACGAAUGGCCCAGUGGAAUCUUGAAUCGAGCUUCAACAACUGAUAUUCCUCCGGGAAUAUUGGAUUCGCCUGGUGGUGAUGCGACAAUAUCUGAGUUAGUUGCAGAGAUUAAGCCCCGGUACCAUGUUACAGGAACUAAGGGUGUAUAUUAUGCUCGUGAACCAUAUCUAAAUGUUGAUGCUGUACACAUAACCCGUUUUAUAGGAUUAGCGGCAGUAGGAAAUGCAUCUAAACAGAAAUUUAUUCAUGCGAUUUCUCCAACUCCAGCAUCUACCAUGUCUUCUAAUGAGAUAUCUACUAAACCACCAAAUACUACCUUAUCUCCUUAUACAUAUGUGGAAAAGGAACCCGAAAAAAGAUCUUCUGAUGUGGCAAAUGAUCCACAGUAUUGGCGAUACGAUGUCUCGAAACGGCAAAAAGUUGGAGGCGGUGACACUCAAAAGUUGUGUUUUAAAUUUAUUUCUUCUGGUGAUUGUCCACGAGGAGAUAAAUGCCAUUUUUUUCAUGAUAUGGAUGCAAGGGAACAAUCUAUGAGGGGUGUAUGCUUUGAGUUUUUGAAUAAAGGAAAAUGUGAAAGAGGAGAUUGCAACUAUAAGCACAGUUUGCAGGAAGAAAGAAGCAGGUCAAAGGAAUGCUGGUUUUGUCUAUCAAGUCCAAAUGUGGAGUCACAUUUAAUCACAAGUGUUGGUGAAAAUUGCUACUGUGCGCUUGCUAAAGGACCACUAGUUCAAGAUCAUAUACUCAUACUACCGAUUGAGCAUCUACCCAAUACUCUAUCUUCACCCCAAGAAUGUGAGAUCGAGUUCGUUAAAUUUCAAAAUAGUCUUAAAGCUUAUUUUAAGAGCCACAAAAAAGAAGUUGUGUUCUUCGAGUGGGUUUACAUAAAAACAAGUCAUGCUAAUCUUCAGGCUAUCCCGAUACCUUUAAACAGAGCAUCUGCUCUUCAGGAUAUUUUCAAUUUAGCUGCUGAAAAGUUGGGAUUCGAGUUUAUGGUUUUAAAAAGUGACAGAAGUUCUGAGGGACGAAAAUUGCUACGAGCUCAAUUUAAUGAAAAGUGCAGUUUAUUCUAUGUGGAACUCCCUGGAGGUAUAAUAUUAUCGCAUGUUGUGGAAGAAAACGAGAAAUUUCCAGUGCAGUUUGGCCGUGAGGUUUUGGCAGGUUUGUUGAAUAUGGCAGAUAGAGCGGAUUGGCGGAAUUGUAAGCUUAGCAAAGAAGAAGAAAUAAAAAUGGUGGAAAGAUUUAAAAACAGUUUUGAAGAAUAUGAUCCAAAUAAGUGAUACUAAAAUUAUUAAAUGUAUCUUGGUUGUGCAUUGAAUGAUGCUUUUACAACUUGAUGUUUGUAUUAGCAUAUUGUGUUAUGAUCCAGAAAGUUUUGUCUAGAUUUAGUAAUAUUAUCGUUAUAUUUUUUCGGCUU